GCUCUCAACCACUUCAUCUACCUACCUGUCUCCAAGGACAUGGUAUCUUACUUGGCACUCAAGGCUUCUCAGGUCAUCCGUUGUGACAACACUCCCAUCCACAACAAGGACCUUCCUCCCACACCACCAAUCACCCCUACUGAGCAAGGCUUCAACUUGUCUCAGGAGCCUCCUCUUCCUUCUGUCGAGCAGUUCAUUCAGUCUCUCGUCGACAGAUCCUCCGUCCAGGUUCCUACUCUUAUGACUACCCUCGUCUACCUCGGUCGUCUGCAACAACGUCUUCCUCCUGUCGCCAAGGGUAUGCGCUGCACAACCCACCGCAUCUUCCUUGCCGCUCUCAUCCUGGCUGCCAAGUCUCUCAACGACUCGUCUCCUAAGAACAAGCACUGGGCUCGUUACACUGCUGUCAAGGGUUACGAAGGCUUCGGCUUCAACCUCGUUGAGGUUAACCUCAUGGAGAAGCAACUUCUCAACCUUCUCAACUGGGACCUGAUUGUCCGUGAGGACGACCUUUACUUCCACCUCGAGCCUUUCCUUGCUCCCAUCAGA